CGGGUUGCCAUGGAGACGGGACGCGCUGGCGUGGCUCUGGGCCUAACUCCGCCGCGAAAGCAGGCGGCGCCAUGGCCAAAAACAAGAACAUAAAUUAUAAAGGGCCUUUUGGUUACCAAAAGCUGAAAGAAUGCGAACCUCGAGUUUCCAUCCGAUUUAAGUGUGCCCUCACAAACACCAUUUUGGAUGUCCUUCGGCAACGGCCAGGAUGGACUGAAGUGAAAGAGGAAGGUGAGUGGGAUUUCUACUGGUGUGACAUCCGCUGGCUCCAGGAGAACUUUGACCACACUUACAUGGAUGAGCAUGUGCGCAUCAGCCACUUUCGGAAUCACUAUGAGCUGACUCGGAAGAACUACAUUGUGAAGAACCUGAAGCGGUUUCGGAAACAGUUGGAGCGAGAGUCUGGGAAGAUGGAGGCAAUGAAGUGUGACUUCUUUCCCAAAACCUUUGAGAUGCCCUCAGAAUACCACUUGUUUGUGGAAGAGUUUCGCAAGAACCCUGGCAUCACCUGGAUUAUGAAACCGGUUGCACGGUCUCAAGGAAGAGGGAUAUUUCUCUUCCGGAAACUCAAGGAUGUGAUUGACUGGAGGAAGGUGAGAUGCCUCCUCCUUCUCACCUCUCAGAAAGGGAUUAGUUGGGAACAGCCCACCUUAAAACUUUGUUCGGACGGCGGCCGCCUGGAUGACCAGAAGGAUGAAAUCCCAGUAGAGAACUAUGUGGCUCAGCGCUAUAUUGAGAACCCGUAUUUAAUAGGUGGUCGGAAGUUUGACUUGAGGGUGUAUGUCCUAGUAAUGUCGUAUCUCCCUCUGAAAGCUUGGCUGUACCGGGAUGGCUUUGCUCGCUUCUCCAAUACGCGCUUCACUCUGAAUACCAUCGAUGACCAUUAUGUUCAUCUGACAAAUGUAGCUGUGCAGAAGACGGCCCCUGACUACGAUCCUGAGAAGGGCUGCAAGUGGAUGAUCCAGAAGUUCCGCCUCUUCCUGACGGCCAAGCAUGGCGCAGAAGCUGUGGAGAUCCUCUUUUCCAAGAUGGACAACAUUUUUAUCAAGAGCCUCCAGAGUGUCCAGAAAGUGAUCAUCAGCGACAAGCACUGCUUUGAGCUCUACGGUUAUGACAUCCUGAUUGACCAGGACCUGAAGCCGUGGCUUCUAGAGGUGAAUGCUUCCCCUUCCCUCACUGCCAGCAGCCAAGAGGAUUACGAACUCAAGACCAGCCUUCUGGAGGACACACUGAACAUAGUGGACAUGGAAGGCAGGUUGACAGGGAAGGAGAAGCGUGUUGGAGGCUUUGACCUGAUAUGGAACGAUGGCCCAGUCAGCCGAAGAGAUGGGAAUCUGGAUAUACCAAUGAAUGGCUUUGCAGCAAACACACACCUAGGCUGCAACAACGACAGGAAGAAACAGCUGAAGCAGCUUUUCAAGCCUUUUCAGACGCAGCAGAAAGUUUAACGCUCAGCAGCAGGACAGGAAAAAAAGCAGUCAAAAGGCAGGAGCAGGCAGACAGGUUCUUUCCUGUUGCAGAUCCCUUGCCAGCUUGGCUGCCUCAGCAGGUAUCUGCUGGAAUUCCCCUCGCUUUGGAAGAGGACUCUUGAGGAACAUCCCUGGAGCAAAACAACAGGCUGGGCUUGUAAUGGCAUGGUGCAAGGUGGCCGAAGUCCUGAUUUUGAGCAGAAGCUCCAGAAAGCAGAUGUGCCACUAUUCACCAGGACAGGCUUAAUACUGACCACACCAGCAGAGAAUAAGUGGAGAAAGGGGUAAUACCUUUUCCAUUUUCCAAGCUGCAUACAGCAGAGCAGUUGCCUUCAUCUCUACUGGUGGAUGAACAGAGUUGCUUCCCACCCAAGCCACUCUUGCCUUGGACCCAAUGCACUGCAGUAAACAUGAAUAAAAGUUAAUGCCUUAGCACUGCUAAGAAUCCAGAUACUGGCUCAGUUGGUUCUUGGCUAGAGAAUAAUAUCAUGGAGGUGGGGAAAGACAGCACACUGACUGCCUACUGGUCCUAAAAGAAUGUGCCUCUUCCACCCUCUCUUUUUGAACACACAUGGACAGAACAUUACAAAGAUGUUGAAGCACAAGACUUUAAACUUGAAUGACCUCAAUUUUAAUGUAGCAUCCAGAAUCUACAAAACAGUGAUAUUGGGCCAACCAAAAGGCACAAAAUAUUUGUAGUGAGCAUUCAAAGCUCCACAGAAGCCAGUGGAGUUCGAAAGCUUGCAACAUGUAUUUUCUGCAUUUUGGUUGGCCUAAUAAAGUGCUGAGGAUACCAUGAACAGCCAAAAAACAAACAAAUGGGUCCUUGAGCGAAUCAGGACAAACACUCCUGGAGGCCAAGCUGAUUAAACUGAGGCUGUCAUACUUUGGCCACAUCAUGAGAAGGCAUGACUCACUGGAAAAGACAGUAAUGCUGGGCAAGAAUGAGGGCAGAAAGAGAGAAAGACCGCACACCAGACGGCUGGACUCCAUUAGGGAGGACACAGGCCUGAGUCUGCAGGACAUGAGCAGAGCAGUGGAAGACA